CAAGAAUCGUAGAAAACCAGAAAUCAAAAAUAAAGGGACCAACACAAUUCACAAUUCACAAUUCACAAUUGAUCCCACAAAUAUUUCUUUCCUAUUCUCAAAACCCUAAUCUCAUCGUUCACAAUGGCCAAAAGCUCCUUCAAACUGGAACACCCACUAGAGAGGCGCCAAGCCGAGGCUGCACGGAUCAGGGAGAAGUAUCCUGACAGAAUUCCGGUGAUUGUGGAGAAGGCUGAAAGAAGCGACAUACCUGACAUAGACAAGAAGAAAUAUCUGGUCCCUGCUGAUCUGACCGUUGGACAGUUUGUUUAUGUGGUGAGGAAGAGGAUUAAACUGAGUGCUGAAAAAGCCAUCUUUAUCUUUGUGAAGAACAUUCUGCCACCUACUGCUGCCAUGAUGUCUGCCAUCUAUGAAGAAAACAAAGACGAGGAUGGUUUCCUGUACAUGACUUACAGUGGGGAGAACACGUUUGGAGCAUGCUGAAGCGGGUGAUAUGGAAAGCUUAAUAAACGAUGUAAAUAUGCUUUCUUGAAAAUGUACAUUCUUUUGACUAUGGUGUUCUCGUAUUAAGCUCAAAACCGCAAUCUGCUUUUCUGUUUUCCUUUGACUUGGUAGUUUCCUGUUGGAAUGCAUAUGAACGAAUGGUAUUUAUUUCUUGUUGAUUCAUGUGUUUUGUCA